GUCCAUGCGCUCUCACGUCACAGCCGUCACUCUGCACAGAUCAGUGACGGUACUUGCUAAGAAAUGGGAGCUGAAGGCGGCCAGGACUCUGGGGGUUCUGGCGGUAGUCUUUCUGUUUUGUUUCUGUGUCUGUCUCUAAUUGGCCCAAUGCUUUAAUUGCAAGUUGUGUGCUGUGUCUAAUAUGUGUCAACUGCUGUGAACCCUGCUCUACGCCGUGUUCUACUCAGUGUUCAGGAAAGCAGUUCACCCCAUCGUCACUGCAGAUCCUGCAGCUUGGCUCCCGUGAGGCCAACGUGCUGUGGAGCGGUUCAAAUAAAGGCUGUGGCAGGAUGGAGCUGCAGCUCUCCUCAGAUGACAGAGCCACAGGAUGGAGCAGAGCUGUGCUUCCCACAGCUCCUCAACGCCUCCUGCAGCCGGCCGGCCGCCUCCUGGUCUGCGUCCGUGUGCCUGCGCUUCCUGCUGUCCUCGGUCUCUGCUCUCACCGUGCUCCUCAACCUGCUCGUCAUCGUCUCCGUCUCCCACUUCAGGCAGCUCCACACUCCCACCAACCUGCUGCUCCUCUCUCUGGCCGUCUCUGACUUCCUGGUGGGUCUUGUGUUCAUACCAGGUGAAAUCUACCGGAGGACGUCCUGCUGGCUCCUCGGUGACCUCAUGUGUUCCCUGUAUUCAUAUGUUGCCACCGUCUCUGUCGCGGCCUCAGUUGGAAACAUGGUUCUCAUAUCAGCUGAUCGAUACGUGGCUAUUUGUGACCCUCUGCUUUACCCCGGCACCGUCACGGUGGCCAGAACCAAGUUCCUCAUUUUUCUGUGCUGGCUCAGUUCAAACCUCUACAGGAGUCUCUCACUGAAAGACAUCGGCUUUCACAAGGCCAACUACGUCCCGUGUCGCGGAGAGUGUGUGUUUGUCGUUGACUUUGUUGCAGGAGUGUUUGACGUUGCUUUGAGCUUCGUUUUUCCAGUCUCCGCCAUCGUGGUUCUGCACAUGCGAGUGUUCGUGGUGGCCGUGUCUCAGGCCCGGUCCAUGCGCUCUCACGUCACAGCCGUCACUCUGCAGCAUUCAGUGACUCUGACGUCCAGGAGGUCUGAGCUGAAAGCAGCCAGGACUCUGGGGGUCGUCGUACUUGUGUUUCUACUAUGUUUCUGUCCGUACUACACAGUUUCUCUGGCAGGCGUGAACUUGAUCAGAACUUCCUACGGCAUAUUUGUGCUCUGUCUUUUCUGCUGUAACUCCUGUGUGAACCCUGUGAUCUACGCUCUGUUCUACCCCUGGUUCAGACGAGCUGUUAAACUCAUCGUCACUCUGCAGAUUCUGCAGCCUGGCUCCCGUGAGGCCAACGUGCUGUGGAGAGGUUAAAAGGAGACUCAGUGAAACAGAAAUGAAAAGGCUGGUUUCCAUUCACUUAUAAUUUCACACUCACUUUAAUCAAGUGGCUCAGUAAGUCAGAUUGUGUAUUGAUAAAUGAGUCUAACAAACACCACAAGUCACUGAUGCCUGGGACAGAUGGUCACACUGUGCUGAAGAAUUUGCUCAAUGUUAACAACAUGUUGUGCCACCAGUCACUGAGUAUGAUGCUGUUUUUACCCAAUGUGUCUCGAAGUAGUGUUUAAUCAGACGCUGUGUUUGUUCUUUCAUCCAUUUCUUUGUGUAUU